GAGCACUGCUGCACCAGCUGCAGGCAAACGCCCACCAAAAAUGCUCCAGAAACAUCCCUGACAUCCGCAGAACAUCCCAUCCGUCUGCUCUGUGCCCCGGAGGGAGGACGGAGGCACGGAGGUCUCUGCACCCCAGUGCACCCCAGCAAAGAAGCUGCCUGUCUCUGCCUCUGGUGUUUGGGUUUGGGUCCUGCUCUGCUGUUUCCUUCUGAGCAGCUCACGGCUCAGAUUGCUAUCUGCUGCUGCAGCAUCUCCUGCGCCAAAAUAGGAGAUGAGGCACUCGAACGACGGCCAUUUGAGGAGGAUAUUUGGGGACAGCUCAGAUCAAUAAGGGAGGGGGAAAUCCUGGCAAGACACGGACUCGUAGCUCAGCGGGUGCCCAAGGGUUGGGAACCUCGGGAACGCUGCUGGCACUGCACGGAUGGCGGAGAUGGAGCACUGUGUGUGGUGGGUGCCUGUUGUCACCUCAGCUGUGACCCUGCUGCUCUACGCUCUGCUCCUGCUGCUGCUUUACAUCAUGCUCAGCAGGAAAAUAGGCAGGCAUUGCUGCAGUGCGCAGGUGAGCGGUGGUCCCGCAGCACAGCCCCAGCAGCUGCCCACCUCUACAGCUGGAGGGGAAGGGGUGCAACGACCGAACUAUACAGGGAGCAGCGAGACGUCUUCAGAGACCUCGGAGGACUCGGACAGCAGCUCUCUGCACCCGCAGGAAAGGAAAACCUGCUCAAAGGAAAACCUCAACUACACAUCCGUGCUGUUCCCAGGGAAGGGCCACGGGCAGGGCUCCAAUAGGAACUACGAGAACAUCAAGAUCGGCGCCGAUUACGUCAACGUGGACCCAAAAAAGAAGAAAGCUGAUUUCUGGACCUUCUCCGGCCCCGUGGCAUCCGCGUCCAUCGAAUACACGGAGGUGAAGCCGUGACACUCCCUGGGGUCCCACUGCAGCCCCCACUCCGUGCCCAGGUCAGUGCUGGCACAGGGCUGCUGCCAUUCCCUGUGACGGCGCAGCUCCCCCAGGGAUCUCUCGGGGUCAGAGGCUGUGGGUGUGGGGUGAUAUGGGGCUGCCCCACACCUCCCCGUGGGGAAACGGUCCUUCUCAGACUGCCACAAGCUCUGCACGUGAGUGUGAACGCCGCUUUCUCAUCUUGUGAAAGCAAACGCUCCCCCGGCGGGAUGUGGGUCAGAGGGGGAAAUGCCAUCGUUCCCAAAACAUCUCCCCAUUGGGCUGGCAUCUCCUAUGAAUCAUGCUUCCUUUGCUGAUUGCUGUCAUAAAAACCUUUCAAAUACACUCCAUCCACUGGCUUCACCCUUCCUGCCCCCACACUGAGCCUUCCUCCCUGCACCCCAUUUUCCUUUGAUGCUAAACCCCCUCAGGGCCCCAUCACCCCAUCACCUGGCACCGGGGUGGGCACUGUGGGCAUUGCCUCUCUCAGCUGCUGGUGAUCACCGAGCGCUGCUGGGGCUCUAAAUCCCCUCUGGAUGUGGGAGAAGCAGGAUGGGAGUGCGGCAUCUGUGCAUGAGUAAAUCACCGCAUUGCA